AAGAUUUUGGACUCCCCUUUUGUCACAAAGCUCCGCUAUCUCUGCAAACCACCCCCCACACAAUCUUGGGCAGCAUUGUGAACAUACCUCAUCCACGGUGUCCGCACAGUAGCAGUAGGCCGUAAGCGAUCCUCAUAUCCCGCAAACAACGUUUUACCCACGCAUUUGUAACAAGCAAGAUGGCAUCCAGAUUCGGUCGAGCGGCCACACUCUCCCUCCUGUCCACCGCGCGCCGCGCCAUCGUCACAUCCACAUCCGGUUCGCAGACGAUCACGAACGCGGCGGUGCCGGCCAGACGGGGGUUUUUGAGACGACAUGGCGGGAAGGUGUUUGCGGGGAUUGUUGUUGGGGGUGUCGCGGUGUUUGGAUAUGAGGUGUACAACGCCCGGCACCCACCGGCUCAGUUCGGGUGGGACCACAGCAAGAAGACGAUCGCGAUCCUCGGGUCCGGGUGGGCGGCCGCGUCGCUGCUCAAGGAGCUCGAUUCGGAGAACUAUAAUGUCGUGGUGGUGAGUCCGCGGAACUACUUUUUGUUUACGCCGCUUUUGCCGAGUUGCACGGUGGGAACUGUGGAGUUGAGGAGCAUCAUGCUACCGAUGCGGUAUAUCACGCGGUUCAAGCAGCGCGCGAUCACGUUUGUUGAGGGGGUGUGUAAUGAGAUCGAUCCGGUGAAUAAGAUGUUGACUGUUGAAGACAACUCCGAAGUCGUUGGGGAGGUAUCGAAACAGACCAUCCAUUAUGACUACCUCGUCGUCGCAUGCGGGGCCGAAAACGCGACAUUCAACGUCCCGGGUGUGAGAGAACACGCGUGUUUCUUGAAGGAGGCGUGGGACGCAAAGAAGAUUCGGACCCGUCUCAUGGAUUGCAUGGAGACCGCCGCGUUCCUGGGCCAGUCUGAGAAGGAGAUUGACCGGUUACUGCACAUGGUCGUUGUUGGAGGCGGGCCGACGGGUGUCGAGUACGCCGCGGAGCUUUAUGAUUUCUUGAAGGAGGAUUUGGCAAGCUGGUACCCCGAACUAGCCCCCAAGAUCAAGAUCACGCUCAUCGAAGCGCUGCCGCACGUGCUCCCCUCCUUCUCCAAGGAGCUGAUUACAUACACCGAGAAGCACUUUGCGGAAGCAAAAGUCAAUAUUCUGAGCAACACUGCUGUGAAGGAGGUCAAGCAGAAGGAGCUGACAGUGUCGAAUGCGCAGAAGCAGUUGGAGACUAUUCCUUAUGGGUUAUUGGUGUGGGCCACAGGAAACACCGCGAGGCCCGUCGUGGCUGAGUUGCUCAAGAAGCUGCCGCCGACGCUGCAGAACCAACGCCGCGGCCUAGUAGUCGACGAGUUCCUCAAAGUCAAGGGCGCUGAUAACAUGUACGCUGUCGGCGACGCGUCUGCAACCAAAUGGGCACCCACAGCGCAAGUUGCAUCGCGCCAAGGCGUCUACCUCGCCCACAACUUCAACCUCCUCGGCCGCAUCGACGCGGACAAGGCGAAACUGGUUGCCGAGGGCCAGGACCCUGAGAAGAUUGCGCAGGGGGUGAUUAAGCCGUUUAGUUAUGAGCAUCUGGGGGCGCUGGCUUAUAUUGGAUCAGACAAGGCCAUCGCCGACCUGCCCGGCAACGUGCACAUUGGCGGCGCGCUGACGUUCUACUUCUGGAGGAGCGCAUAUCUCAACAACCUCUUCUCCCUCCGCAACCGAGUCCUCGUCGCCUUCGACUGGAGCAAAAAGACGCUGUUUGGGCGUGACAUUUCGCGGGAGUGAAUAAACAGAAAACUACGGCGCUUUAGGGGUUUUCCAUUUUGCAAGAUGAAUUUUUCAUGCACAUUUUACAAACACCGGCGCAUUUGUUCUCUUGAUGGAUUUCUGGUGACGGAGUGCAUGCACCUCGUCGUAGACCGCGCGAUGAUAUGUACGUAGAUACAAUGCGCGGUAAACGGACAUCCUACGGCGUGUCCCGAUGUACCAGUCCGUCAUAUGCGCCCCCUCCCUCCAUACU